CCUUCCUCUCGAAGCUGUCUGUAUAUCACCAACAUGAGAGCUGUCGUGUUGUUGUGUUUGCUGCACGUGGCCCCUGGGAUGAGUCAGUUCAACUGGGAAGGACCUGAGCGAGUAGGUCCGGACGCCGUCACCAUCUCAGCAAGUGCCUGCAAUGUGGAUACGCUUUCAUGUGAGUGCUGCAAGAUGGUGCGUGAGACAAACCGACUGCAGACGUACUUUAAUACAACUCUAACUAAUUUGGAGAGGGAGUUAGAUAAAGCAAACCAAACUUUUGUCACUCUUCAAGGCAGGCGUGUUGCUUUCUCCGUCUCUCUGUUUACCGGAGACACCUUCAAGUGUUACGGACCGUUUAAUGUCGACACCGUCAUCACUUACCAGCACAUCUUCAUCAACCUGGGAAUGGCCUACAACAUGGCCAGUGGUAUCUUCACUGUGACCUUCCCCGGGGUUUACAGCCUGGCUGUGACCUCCUUUAGCGACGCUGGUUCUCCUGGCAACAUUCUGGCUGUCUGCACCAGCCUGCAGGUCAACGGCCAGAUAGUGGCUGGAUCCAGAGAACUCAACAGGAAUGACCAGGAGGACAGCACCACCAUAGCUGUUGCCCUGAAACUGAAGGCUGGAGACAAAGUGUCAGUCAAGUUGUCCAAGGGAUGCUUCCUCUGUGACGAUUCGAGCCACUAUAACACUUUCAGUGCCUUUCUGCUUUAUGCUGAUGCAUAAGUUGGGGAGUUUAGUUUCCUCCUCUGUAAUGACAUGUAGGCCCUUACAUUAUUAUGUUCUAAGCUCUUUGAGGGAAAUCAUAUUUUAAAUGUCAUCCUAUAAGCUUUCAGUCUGGGCGAUCUGAAAUCUUCCUGACAUAAAGCACAACUAGCUUAGAUGUGUAACAUCUUAUGUUUUUCCUCAUCAGUUUGAUUUGAGGCUCAAACCCCUAAAUCCUUCAAUGACUUUAAGAUAAAGAAGUUUCCUUUAUUUGUGAUUUUCUUUUAAUCUGAGUUCUUGUGUAUUCUCAACAAACAAGGAAGUGUAAAACAAU